GACCACGCGACGCGUGACGCGACGGUGACCGGAAAGGGAAACACUUUCCUCAGAUUCGACUCUCGGAGUGGGGUCCACGGUCCACAGAUGACAAAAAUGUGGUCAGCCAUAAACUAGAAAACCUGGUGCAGGAUACAACAGAUACAUGUAAAUUAAUGUGUGCACCAAUGUUACAACAUUUCUAUGUUUUGUGGUUCAACUUGAAUCUGUGAUGGCAUCUUUAAAGCUGGAACAACUUCCCAAAGUUAUGGCCAACCCUCCCAACAGUGAUGUUGAGACAACUUUGGACGAGCAACGAAAGACGGAGUCUGGAGCCUUGAACAAUUCGGAUCAACACAAUGCUGAAACUCGGGGUGAACCUGGAAGCAGGGCUGAUGCUGCCCUGAGUGAGGAUGACAGUGAACAAUUUGGCUGCGGCUCCUGGCACCCCCCUCACCUCCAGAGGCUGGCGACUCCCGUCGCAUUUGUCACCUUCCUCUGCUUUUUCACCACCUGCGACGCCUUCUUCAGCGGGAUCCAGGUGGCCCUCUUGACCACCCUGGAGACCAGGUACGGCCUCUCCGCCUACCAGAUCGGGAUGGUUGUCACAGUCAACAAAAUCGGCACCAUGCUAGGCCUGCCAGUAGCGGCGUACCUCGGCGGACGGCCGAACACCCACCGACCGCGCUGGAUAGCGGCCAGUGCCUUUCUGAUGGCCUUAGGGAUGGUAGCCACCUGUAUCCCGCAGUUUGCAUUUGGACCCUAUCAAUACCAUCACCGUCAGGUUGAAGACACAGCUGAUGAACCUGACCAUCCAGUAUCAUUUGGCCUGUGCAGUCCCCACGACAAUCAUUCAUUACCCUCCUCAGGUGCAGAAUGUUCAGAAAUUACCACAAUGGAAGACAGAGCAGCCUACAUCAUCAUUCUGAUGAGCCAGUUUGUGGCGGGGGUCGGCUAUGCGCCAACAAGGCCACUUGGUGUAUCCUACAUCGAUGAUAACGUAAAGAAAACCAGGGCCGCAUUUUACCUCGGAAUCGUGUCCAGUAUGUACGGCCUGGGAGUGGUCCUGGGCUUUCUGACUAGUUCGGCCACCUCCCUGAUCUGGGUGGACUUCUACCGCACCCAGACCACCUUGACCCACACCAACAAGGCGUGGGUGUCCGCCUGGUGGCUGUUGUUCAUCUUCCUGGCGUUCAUCCUGGUGCUGUCUGGGAUACCGUUUCUUGGCUUCCCAAAGCGGCUUCCAAAGAAGUGGAGAGAGGCAGACGACGAAGAAGCUGAGGGUGCAGUGCCUGACGAGACCAAGAGUACGGAGCCCAUGUUCAGCACUCUUAACCUCGGUGGGAUCAAAGCAUUAUUAAUUUCCUUGCAUAGGAUUUUCACUAAUGGUUCCUACUGGAUGGCAACGUUCGCGUUUGUGACCACUGGACUGGUCACGGGCCUGCUCAGUUUCUUUCCAAAGUACAUCGAGUCACAGUUUGGCCUGCCAACUAGUCUGGUGAACAUUCUUGUCGCUGUUGUCAUCCCAGCCCUGGCCUGUGGGAGCAUCCUGGGCGGUUACCUCUGCCGGCGCUGGAAGCUGGAGAUUGUCGGCCAGACCAAGCUGUGUUUGGCGUGCGUCUGCAUUGCCACCGUGUUCCAGCUGCUCCUCCAAGCCUUUGGAUGUGAGAACCAGCCCAUCGCUGGCAUCAAUGUCGACUACAGUGGAAACAGAAUAGACAUCCUCAACUUGGAGUCCUCUUGCAACGUGGACUGUGACUGCAGAAAUGACACGUUCCAGGCAGUGUGCUUACAGGCCAAGCACAUCACGUACAUUACUCCAUGCUUUGCCGGGUGUACCCUGCAGGCUGACACAAUGGAUACUGUGCAAUUUAUGAACUGUUCGUGUCUUCCUGAUGACGACGUGGGUGAUGGUCCUUGGUCAUCUGAUGAUGCUACCUCUGCCAGCAGUGUCUGGGCCGUAGUCCAGGGAGCAUGUGCCUAUCAGUGUAACACUCUGGUCCCCUUCGUCAUCUGCACCAUCGUCUUUGUCUUAAUCUUCUCAACCACAGGAGCGCCGCUGAUUUUAACUGUCGUAAGGAGUGUUGAUGCCAGGGAUAAGGCAUUUGCUUAUGGCAUCACCAAGUGUCUUCAGUAUGUGAUCGGCGUGAUCCCAACGCCGAUCAUCACCGGCGGGCUGAUUGACACAACCUGCAAGCUGUGGCAGUCGGAGUGCGGUGCCCGCCGGGCCUGCUGGCUCCACGACCUGCCCAGCUUCCGCCGCAUCAUGACCGGCUCGGGCCUGGUGGUGCUGGCCUCGCAAGGCGGCCUGCUCUCGCUGUGCUGGUACUUCCUGCGGAGGAGGGCCAGGUACCAGGCUGUCCUGGAAGUCACGGUGGACAUCCCUCGGCCCUCGGUUGAGGAUGCGUCGACAGAGCCAAAACCGAUAGACUAGUAGGUAGUCGCUAAGACUGUUUGGCACACAUGGGCCUUCGGAGAGAGGUUUUGCUGGCAAAUAUGUUAGCAUGUCUCACUCCCCACAAAUUGUGGAGUUUCAUUAAUUUCAUCAAUCAUUAUCCCUAACAGUCCCAAAUCCUCCAAUUUCCAUACGAUUUUACAUACACCCUUGGGGGUUAGGGUUAAAAGAAAAAGGAACUAUUUUUGAUUUGUGUGUGUUCUAAAGCAACAUUUACCGCAUUUCCAGGCUUUCAUUCAAGGAUUCCAUUUUGGAUUUUUGGACGUGUGAUUGCACGAAUACUCAUAAAUGGAAUAACCAGUAAUGAUUAGAGGUUAGCGAAAUGCGUACAUGUGUAAUCAUACACAUGCUGAACCUCUCUGAUUUUCUGCGCCUUAAGGCCAGGAGCCAAUAUCCUAGAGCCGUGAAGGACAGAAACCGGUUACCAACCAAAAUUUCACACACUGUAUAUUGUGUUGUGACUGGCUCCCUGUUGAUUAGUAACUUUAUUAGAACAUAAAGUUACUCAGCCGUACUUUCUACUAAGAACCCUGAUUUACAUUGUAAUUGGGCCAACUUCCUUGGGAAAUGAACCUGAAAUUUCAGAGCCUUUUUUUUUUCCAGUUCUCGUCAGUUUUGUAAAAAGUUCUUCAUGCUCAACUGAAUCCGGACCUUUUUUAUUGGGAUCAGCUGACUGAUUCACACAUGAUACAUUAGCGUUGCCAUGGAUGUCUUUUUGGACUUAAAGUCAAGGAAUGCAAAUUUUGACACAGGGUUGAUUACUUAGUCAUUUGGUCACUUGGUGACCAAAAUAUUUGGUUACAUAAAGAUGUCACCGAUUCAUAUUUGGCAAACUACUUUUUCUGUGGGAUGCAAAUUUUGCCAUUUGACUUGCCGCGCAUUCAGGAAACUGAAAAGACCCUGUGAAAUAUAUAAAAAGCAGGCAGAAGAUGCUCGAAAAAUUCUUGGAGAGAGUUUCGUUUUUGUAUAUGUUGGCUACUCGGAAAUAUUGUAUUCGUUUAAGAAUUAUAAUCUAUUUUUGAUGUUCUGGUUACAACUUGCACUACUUUAAAAAGUAGCAAAGGAGUCAACCUGUCAUUUUGAAGCUUAAGAAAAUUUAUAUAAAUACAUGUAUGUGUUGCUUGCUUAGCCGUUUGAAUGCACACAAAAAGGGGAGGGUCGUUUCUUUCUGUUAGCCAUGUUGUCCACAGUGUUGUAUUUGUUGGUUGCUGACAAAUGAAUUUUUGCCGUCCAGCACUUCACUGAAGUAUUUUUUGGUGGGGCUAAAAGUAUCCCCCCCCCGACCUGACGCUCACCCUAUCCGUGAUUUGAUCCUUAUUUUUUUUUACUCGUGCAAUAUUGGAGCAAAUAGUGCUGUGAAAUUGUACGUUGUAAAUGAAAUGAGAAGUAUGCUAUGAUUUGGAUUCUCUAACAACGUUCUCGAACAUAUUCUCUGACAAUACUCAAAUCUGGAGGUCAGUCAAAGGCUCGCCUAUGCAAAUCAAUUUUUUUUUUCUAAAUGGCCCCGUGAAACAGGAAAGCAUGCACCAGACACCGGUGCUCCUUUUUACCGCCAACUUGCCUUCGCUUGUCAUUUUGUAAUUUGGUAUAAAUUCUGUGCAGGAUUAUUCAGUCGAACUUUAUAAAUUUGUAAGCAGAAGCAAACUUAUACAGAGGUUGUCUAUGUUUUUCUUUUUUAAAAGGAUGGACUUGAACUAAUAUCAAGUUUGGUAAAUCGGACAAGUCAUUUGACUAAAGGCUGAAACACUUGACCAACUCCGUGGUUAACGCCGUGUACACACAUUUCAGGGUCACCCUGCACUUUUCACCCUGGUCAGUCGGAUGACAUUGUUGUUUAAUGAUAUCUUCCAACCAAUUUUGCCCCUAUCAACUGUCAAAGGCAUGGCUGGGUAGGGGUGGAAUUAUGUGACUCUUGUUAUGGUUAUUGUUAAGGGUGUGUAAAAUACCCUGUAAAUAAAGGAUUGUUGUGUUGAGGUUUGG